CUCCUGACUGAGCUGCGUCUGCGCAACUCUUUGGCGCCAAGAUGGCGAUGGAGAUGAGACUUCCAGUGGCUCGCAAGCCUCUUAGCGAGAGGCUGGGCCGCGACACUAAGAAACAUCUAGUGGUUCCGGGAGACACAAUCACUACGGACACGGGAUUCAUGCGGGGCCAUGGAACGUACAUGGGAGAGGAGAAGCUCAUUGCAUCUGUUGCUGGCUCUGUGGAGAGAGUAAACAAGUUGAUCUGUGUGAAAGCUUUGAAAACCAGAUACAUUGGUGAAGUAGGAGACAUUGUAGUGGGAAGAAUCACAGAGGUUCAACAGAAGAGGUGGAAGGUGGAAACCAACUCCAGGCUGGAUUCGGUCUUGCUGCUCUCGUCCAUGAACCUUCCUGGAGGAGAGCUGAGGAGAAGAUCUGCAGAAGAUGAGCUUGCAAUGAGAGGUUUCCUGCAAGAAGGCGACCUUAUCAGUGCUGAGGUCCAGGCAGUGUUCUCUGACGGAGCUGUCUCUCUGCACACGAGGAGCCUGAAAUACGGAAAAUUAGGUCAGGGGGUUUUGGUCCAGGUUUCCCCCUCCCUGGUGAAACGGCAGAAGACCCACUUUCAUGACUUGCCAUGUGGUGCCUCAGUAAUUCUGGGCAACAACGGCUUCAUCUGGAUUUACCCAACACCUGAGCACAAAGAAGAGGAAGCAGGGGGCUUCAUGGCAAACCUGGAGCCUGUCUCUCUUGCUGAUCGGGAGGUGAUUUCCCGGCUUCGGAACUGCAUUGUCUCGCUGGUAACUCAAAGGAUGAUGCUGUACGAUACCAGCAUCCUGUACUGCUAUGAAGCAUCCCUUCCACACCAGAUCAAAGACAUCUUAAAGCCAGAAAUAAUGGAGGAGAUUGUGAUGGAAACACGCCAGAGGCUUUUAGAACAGGAGGGAUAAGGAGGUGCUCCAGGAGGACAGGACUGCGGACCUUGCAGGAGUGAAGACGGUGAUGUGUGGUCCCCAUAUGUGGCUCUGCAAAGACUUGAGAGGUCAUCACUUUGUCUGCAUUGAUGGCCCCGUGGCUGCCUCCAGCUCGCAGGCCUGCUUUCUCCUGUCCUGAUGCCAAGCCUAGGUGGCAGGUGAACAAUGCUCCCUUGGUUUGCUGGCUGAGUCCCAGCAUUAGGGGAUAGUUUUAGGUCUUCCAAAGUGCACAGUGUUCCAGCCGAAUGGACUCCCAUCCUGGAUAAUGUGGAGAAUCCUUUGUCUUCCACUCACAUCAUUCGCAAGGCACAGUGCCCCAUAAAAUUGCCCCGGUAGAAACAUGGCAUCCCUGACCCCCAAAUGGUCUGUUUUGGUCUCCAUUCCUGUAUUCUUUAAAUGACUGAGAAUGCAGCUGGUAAAGUUGGAAGAAUAAAGUUAACCAAGCAGGCCAG